AUGGAAGGGCGAAAGGUCUAUGUGGUUACACUGGUUGUUCUGCUGGGGACGUCGAUAGCCGGUCAGUCGGCGUCAGAGUUCCCAGAUGGAUUUCUGCUUGGGGCCGCGACCUCGGCAUACCAAGUGGAAGGCGCUUGGAACGAGGACGGUAAAGGUGAAAGCAUUUGGGAUUACUACCUUCAUAAUUAUCCAGAAUCGGACCCUGAUGGUGCAAACGGAGACAUCGCAUGCGACUCUUACCAUAAAUACGAGGAAGAUGUUCGGCUGCUCAAAGAACUUAAUGCCAACGUCUACAGAUUUUCAAUUUCCUGGCCUAGAAUACUCCCAACGGGAGAUAUAUCACAGAUCAAUGCUCCUGGAAUAGAUUAUUACAACAAGCUCAUCAAUCUCCUGCUGGAAAAUGGCAUUGAACCUUUGGUGACCAUGUACCAUUGGGAUCUACCGCUAGCUUUGCAAUACAUCGGUGGCUGGACUAAUCCCAUAUUGGCAGACUAUUUCGUCGAGUACGCGCGAAUACUAUUCGACAACUUCGGUGACCGAGUGAAAUGGUGGACCACAUUUAACGAGCCGCCAGUGAUCGCUUGGGGCUACAGCUGUGGCAUAGGGGAGGGCCCUGCACCCAACCAGAACGCUUCCGGGAUCGGAAACUACCUGACGGGUCACACUAUCCUCAGAGCCCAUGCUCUUGUCUACAGACUGUACGACGAGCAGUACCGAGCCACACAGAACGGCACUGUCGGCAUCACGCUCAACACAGACUGGUACGAGCCCUUGAGCGACUCUGAGGAAGACCAGGCUGCCUCCGAGCGGAUGCUACAGUUUCAGCUGGGGCUGUUCGCGCACCCAAUCUUCAGCUCCUCUGGUGACUACCCUGCCGUGGUGCGCGAGAGGGUGGACGCAAACAGCAUAGCAGAGGGUAGACCGCGCUCCAGGCUGCCCAGCUUCACGCCAGAGGAGGUUGAAAGCAUAAGGGGAAGUGCUGACUUUCUCGGCAUUAACCACUACAGAUCGUAUUAUACAACAGGUGGUGAAAGUGGGCUCUCUCCCUCUUUAGACAGAGACUCUGGAGUCAUCAGGUCACAACUUGGGGAGGUGGCGUGGGGAAUGCGUAAACUUCUGAACUGGAUAAAAGCGGAAUACGAAGAUUAUCCCGUUUUCAUUACUGAAAAUGGCCACGAAUCGUCAGACCUUGGGCUGAACGACACUGCUCGUGUUGAGUACUACAAGAAUUACCUUACCGCCUUGCUGGAUUCCAUUAACAUUGAUGGGUGUCGAGUUAUUGGAUAUACUGCGUGGACUCUCAUGGACAACUACGAGUGGGGCAGAGGACUGUCGAUGAGAUUAGGCCUGCACUACGUGGAUUUCGACGACCCAGAGCGCCCAAGAACGGCUAGAGAUUCUGCCAAGUACCUGUCAACUGUGUACAAGUCGAAGCGUUUAUAG